GCGAGAGAAGUUGAAGAAAAGGAGAAAGUGGUCUUAUAAGUGUUGAGGUAGCAUAUUUGGUAUAUCGUUCUUUCGAUAAGAGCUGAUGGAAAGUGGCAACGUUGUGAAUGCACAACCUGAAUUAUCAGGCAUAAGUGGACAAAAUAGUGAUGAGACUUAUGCUGAGAUCACUUUGAUGCCAGAUACAACUCAAGUUGAAAUCCCUACUCAGAAUGAUAAUCGUUAUACGCCAUUGGUUAAUUCCUUUACAAAGGUUUUAACGGCCUCAGAUACAAGCGCCCAUGGUGGAUUCUCUGUUCCGAAAAAACAUGCCAUUGAAUGUUUCCCUCCUCUGGAUAUGUCUGAGCCUCUACCGGCACAAGAACUUCUUACUAUAGAUCUCCAAGGGAAUCAUUGGAGAUUCAAACACAGCUACAGAGGUACACCGCCAAGACAUUUGAUAACAACAGGUUGGAAUGCAUUCACAACAUCAAAAAAAUUGGUUGCAGGGGAUGUUAUUGUAUUCCUUAGGGGAGAGUCUGGAGAGUUACGAGUUGGUAUCAGACGAGCAGGACAUCAACAAGGGAACAUACCUUCAUCACUAAUAUCAAUAGAUAGUAUGAGACAUGCAGUAAUUGCUUCCGCAAUGCAUGCUUUUGAUAACCAAUGUAUGUUCAUGGUGGUUUACAAGCCAAGGGCAAGUCAAUUUAUUGUUAGUUACGACAAAUUCUUAGACGCUGUGAACAAUAAGUUCAAUGUCGGUUCAAGAUUUACAAUGCGGUUUGAGGGUGAUGAUUUUUCUGAAAGAAGAUAUUCUGGAACAAUUAUUGGAGUUAAGGAUUUCUCCCCUCAUUGGAUCGAAUCAGAAUGGCGAAGCUUAGAAGUGAAGUGGGAUGAAUUUGCAUCAUUUCCAAGACCUGAAAAAGUUUCUCCAUGGGAAAUUGAACAUUUAGCGCAUUCGUCAAAUGUUUUCCGAUCAUCUUUGCUCAAAAACAAGCGUUCCCGAGAAGUUAAUGAAAUCAGUUCAACAUCAUCACAUAUCUUGCUUCCUAUAUUGACACAAGGUCAAGAAAUUGGACAACCAAGCAUGUCCUACCCGAUGAAUGUUCUUCAUAGUUAUCGCGAUGCAACUGAAGAUGCUGAGACUCCUUCUAGGUUGCUAAUGAGCUACCCUGUCCCAACAAUGCCCAAACUAAAUUACAAUAACGAUCAAAUGAUUACACCACUAGAAGAAAAUAUAACAACCAAUGCAGGUGCUAGUUGUAGACUGUUUGGAGUCUCUCUUGCCACUCCUUCAGUGAUCAGAGAUCCCAGUGAACAACCAGACUCAAAUCCGACAUCAGAGAUUUCUAAACUCUCUCAAGAGAAAAAGCUUGGUCUGGGUCAAACUUUAACAUCUACAAGAGAGAUCCAAAGCAAGCAGUUCAGUUCUACUAGAAGUUGUACCAAAGUUCAAAUGGAAGGUGUAACAGUAGGAAGAGCUAUGGAUUUAAGUGUUCUUUAUGGAUAUGAUCAGCUAAUACUAGAAUUGGAGAAACUCUUUGAUCUCAACGGCCAGUUGCAAACCCGCAACCAAUGGGAAAUAGCUUUCAUAGACAAUGAAGGAGAUAAGAUGUUUGUUGGAGACGAUCCAUGGCCUGAAUUCUGCAACAUGGUGAAGAAGAUUAUCAUAUAUUCAAAAGAGAAGGUCAAAAACUCAAAGUCCGGGAACAGUCUCCUAAAUUGAAUAUAUAAUCAAAAAAAAUAUAAUAAAAAAGGUAUAAAAUGUAACCGAUGUCUUGUUCUAGUUUUUUUUUGUUUCGCUUAUUUGUUGUUGCAUGCGUUUGUAUUAUGUAUCUCUAUUUCCAUCAUCCAUAAAUAAAAUAAAAUCUUCUUGUUUUC